AUGGCGCGAUACGCUCUACUUGCCCUCCUCCUGCCCGCUCUCGCACAGGCUGCUGUGAAAUGGAGUUUCCAGAAUAGCCCGAGGUCGUGCGAGACGCUCUCCCUCCAGGCGUCCGGAGGCACCCCGCCCUACAGCUUCCUCAUGAUACCCAGCGGUCCCUCGCUCCUGGGCGGAGGCGGCAUCGAAGUCCGCAGGGUGAUGAACAUCACCUUUAACGACACCGACACAACAUCACACCUCAACUUCACCCUCCCCUACCCUGCGAACGAGUCCUUCAUCGGCGUCGUCUCUGAUGCAUCAGGAUUCGGCUCGGGUGGCGUCUCCGCCUCGGUCACCGUGCUUACGGGCGACAACACGAACUGCUACGAUUCUACACAGAGCGUAACGGCGCGCUGGACUAUCAGCUCGACCCCACAACAAAUGGUUUCAUGUGAAUCUAUUCGCUUCUGGUGGCAGCAGGAAUCGGUAUCAGGGACGGUUAAGUUCAACGGUGUCAUCCCCGGCGGCGAUGCGUUCGACAUCCCUGUGGGGACAACAACGAAAGAUAACAACGGAACUGGAUUCAGCUGGAUCGCCGACGUCAGCGCGCAAACAACCGUCUACAUCGUAGCUGGUGAUGACCAAGGUCCGGCCAGCAGUGCACCUUAUACCGUCGCAGCAUCCACCAACAGCUCGUGCUUGAACGACGAUUCGCCGCAGUCAACCGCAGGCAGCCCGGCAGGUGGCUCAUAUCCCACGAGCACCGACGGAUCGACAACUGGCGGCGGAAACGCCAAUAGCAGUGGCUCUAGCAGCGGCGGUAGCAGUACUAACGUUGGUGCCAUUGUCGGUGGUGUAGUAGGCGGCAUUGGCGGUCUCAUCGCCGUCGUCCUCUUGGCCUGGUUCCUCCUCUUCCGCAAGCGCAAGCAACAAGCAAACUACAAUAAGGAGCGCCCCAUCAACAUCCUCCAAGACGACGACGAAGACAACCAGCCGCGCGGCGACCUCCCACAGUACUACGAGCCUCAGCCCUUCACUGUCCCCGAUCCGACGGUGGCAAGCACGACUGACGCCGCGUCCACGCGUGGAGAUAACAUGAGCGAGCGCGGCGCUUUGAUGCGGCCAGGGACGCCCGGUGGCAUGACAGAUGUCACGAGCAGCUCGCGCAAGACCGCCAUGCCCCGUAUGCGGCCCGUCAACAUCGUCCAGCAUGAGGACGCUGGCCCUAGCGCUGCGCCUGCUGCAGAGGAGCAGCCGGAGACGGUCGAGCUCCCUCCUGCGUAUACGAACUUGCGUGCUGCACCGGGCGCAUCGGCUGCCGCCGAGGCACAGGCGUAA